AUGACAUCGUCGCACGGUGGCUCCAGUCCAGAAGAGCUCCCCGAAGAGCUUCGGCAGCAGCUCGCCACUCUGCAGAGCCGCAACGAUCACGCCCAGGAGUCCCUCACGGCGCUCUGGCAGCAGCCAAACGCACCGGCAUCGGACAACGACCUGCCCGCGAAACCGCACAAGCAGACCGAGACGUAUGCGGUCGAGCGCCCCGCCGCCGUUGCGCCAACUCCAACGUAUACGUUAACCCCGCCAAAUCAUAUUCAGUGUAACGAGCUCGAUGGGGAGCCGCUGCAGCCGGAGGAGAGCCUCAUCGAGCCCAUCAUGGCCUACAAGGCGGAGGACUACCCCGGUGGGGCGGCCCGGAGAGAUGUCGGGUGGGAGGAGCUCGUGGACGGGGAACCGCCAAUGUCAGACACCCGUCGAAGCAAAAGCAACUCCGCACAGGCGCAAGUCGGUGGCAUCCCCAAGUCUGUUCCGCAUAUCCGACCUCCACCUGCUCCCAUGUUGGGCGAAGUGUUCCGGCGGCUUCCGGCAGGUGCAUCACUGUCAUAUCUGCGUAGCAACCACACGGAGUCCCAGCUACAGUCGCAUCUCUCAGAGUUCGAAACUGGCAAGCCGGAAAUCGCAAACUCGAAUGAGCUUGGCGUGCCUCUGCGCGGCAGUGCCAACUACGCCAGAAUUUCUUCUCUUGUCCCCCGCACGGCGCCACCGCCGUCCCAGCUGCCUGACUACCUCUCUCUCUACGCCUCCAGAAACAACGAAGGCGCAAACGGAGGCCAGCUGGGGUGGCUAGCAACGCGGCCGAUAAACAAUGUUGACGGACAGCAAGGCGUGUUGGAGCAGGUGAGCCCCUUAACACCGCGUGCACAGGAUCCCGGCAGCACCUGCGCUACUUCUGCAGUGAGUGUCGCACCCGCAGCAUCCGCCAUGCUAGUUGCAACUUCGACGCGUGCAGUCGCGAGGACCGGCGCACUCACCAUCACUGUGCCCGCGCGCUUCGAGCUGACAAGCGCCGAGAAUGGCGACGUGGUGGAGUAUGACACCCUCGCCAGGUCCCGGCACUGGUCCGCCGAGAACCCUAAAGGGACAAACUAUACAAAGCCGAGCGCGCUGCUGGAGGCAAAGGAGAAGCGUGAGUGCGCCCUGUUCGACCGCUACUCACGUGCGUACGAAAAGCUCAUGCAGGACACCGCAGACCACGUCGACGGCGAAGAAGGUGCCCUCACCAGGCUAUCACACAAAGCCUUUAAGGCAGCACGCGAAGCAGCAGAUCGGAAGCCGAUCCACAAGCGCAGCUUCUAUGAGGGAGCCAGCCUGGAUUGGAAGAAAACGCUGCUCGAGCAGGCAGCGGACAUAAGCCGCAUCUCGAACCGGACUGCGUAA